CGAACCCACAGAAAAAUCGAUUACAAAACAUACAGAAGAAUUUCAAAACAGAACAGACAUAAAAGCGUAAGCGCCUCUCUCUCUCUCUCUUCUCUCUCUCUCCCUCUCCCUCUCCCUCUCUCUCUACAUUUCACUCUCUCCGACGCCUUCGUAACGGUUCGCCGCCCCUACCGGCGGGACGCUUCUCCGUACGCCGUCGAUCGUCUCGCCGCCGUGAUCUCUGCCUACUCGCUUCCCGUUUCCGGCUUGAAUAUUCUUUUCUAGGGCAUACAAGAUGAUUGGAUCCUUUCUUACCAGAGGACUUGUGAUGGCUUUUGGUUAUGCUUAUCCAGCAUAUGAGUGCUUCAAAACAGUGGAAAUGAAUAAACCAGACAUUGAGCAACUUCGUUUUUGGUGCCAGUAUUGGAUCUUAGUUGCAGUUUUGACGGUUUGCGAGCGAAUUGGUGACACCUUUGUCUCAUGGGUUCCAAUGUACAGUGAAGCUAAAUUGGCGUUUUUUAUAUAUUUGUGGUACCCUAGAACGAAGGGAACAACAUACGUCUAUGAUUCUUUCUUCCGACCGUACAUUGCUAAGCAUGAGCCUGAAAUUGAUCGUAAUCUGUUGGAACUGAGGACAAGGGCAGGAGAUAUUGCAGUGGUGUAUUGGCAAAAAGCUGCGAGCUAUGGUCAGACAAGAGUUUUUGAAAUUCUGCAAUAUGUGGCUGCACAAUCUACACCAAGACCUCGUCCAGCCCAGCCGCAGCAGCAAGGUACCAGAGCACGCAAACCUGCUGCUGUGCCAAAUCGCAGACAAACUUCUAAAGUGCCAAGUCCAAGUGACGAGCAACCUUCUCCCGCUUCUUCUUCUAGCGCAUCCUCAAGUCAAGAUGAACAAGAGGAUGCACAAGAAUCCGGUGCCUCUCAAUCUCUCACAGCAGCUCCUCCGGUGACGACUGUCUUGAAUGCCCCAAAACCACCCGCUGUUCAACCACCUGCUGUUCAACCACCUGCUGAAAAAUCCAACCAUGCAAAUGCAAAUGAAACGGAUGAAAUGCAGACUGAACCAGUGCCGUCUUCAGCAAACGAAAAUGUGGAUCCUCCAGCGCAAGAGACUGUUAUGGAAGAAGCCAUUAGGGCUACGCGUACCAGAUUGAGGAAAGCACGUUCUGCUCCAGCAAAUCGUAAAUAACCCCUUUAGCUUGCAAUAAGUGAGUAUUUCAGGGCAUGUAAGUGCUUAGAAGGAUGUUGGGUUUUUGAUUUUAUGUACAUUUGUCGUUUUCCCAUUCUAUUUGUUCCUUUUUUAUGUGUCCAUGCUUUUUUGAACAUGGUUUUCAAAAGUUCAAGGGCUUUUAACUUGGUAGGGUUGAAGCCUUGAAGGGAUGGAUCGGCCUUUAAUAAUCGUGCAGCUGGUGAUGGUGAUAAUUGAAGUAACUAUUGGUACGAUCCAGUGCCUUCCAGAUCACCAGUUGUACUGUACCACAUGCAAAAGUGAGUUGGUGUUGAAUUGAAUGUACAGUUAACUGAGUGAAGCUCUUUUAAUGGUGGUUGCAAUUUGGGUGUUCUUGAGAUCUUCA